UGCGACAGACAUCUCGUCCGCGGCUUCGGGAGCAGAAAAUAAACGUGUUACGCGGGGCUCGCGGCGGUCCAUUUUUGGGAUCCCCACCAGGGCGGGCGUCGCGUCCUUCCGCGCGCACUUUUCGUCCGGCGGCUUUUCCGUUCUCCGCUCAGAUACUCGACUCGCGCUGCUCCGAUCGGCUCGGGUUAGCAAUCUCGGUGAUCUCGUUGGACCGGUCCGCAAACCAAAGCCGCCACCAUGGACGCAAUCAAGAAGAAGAUGCAAGCGAUGAAGCUUGAGAAGGACAAUGCGCAGGACAAGGCCGACACCUGCGAGGGCCAGGCGAAGGAGGCGAAUUUACGCGCGGACAAGGUCCUCGAAGAGGUCGGGGAUCUCACGAAGAAGCUGGCCCAGGUUGAGGGUGACUUGGAAGCCAACAAGCAGGCUCUCGAACAGGCCAACAGAGACCUCGAGGAACGCGAGAAGUCCCUUACCAACGCUGAGUCCGAAGUCGCCGCCUUGAAUCGCAAAGUCCAGCUGAUUGAGGAGGAUCUCGAGCGUUCGGAAGAACGGCUGAACACGGCGACCGCCAAACUGACCGAAGCGUCGCAGGCCGCCGACGAGUCCAGCCGUAUGUGCAAAGUACUGGAGAACCGUGCGCAGCAGGACGAGGAGAGGAUGGACCAGCUGACGAACCAGCUGAAGGAGGCCCGUCUGCUUGCUGAGGAUGCCGACGGCAAGUCCGACGAAGUGUCACGCAAGCUGGCCUUCGUUGAAGACGAGCUUGAAGUCGCGGAGGACCGUGUCAAGUCCGGCGAAGCCAAGAUCAUGGAGCUGGAGGAAGAGUUGAAGGUCGUCGGUAACAGCUUGAAAUCACUGGAGGUCUCCGAGGAAAAGGCUAACCAACGAGUCGAGGAGUUCAAGCGCCAGCUGAAGACUCUGACGGUGAAGCUGAAGGAAGCCGAAGCCCGCGCUGAGUUCGCCGAGAAGACUGUCAAGAAGCUCCAGAAGGAGGUCGACAGGCUCGAAGACGAACUGGGCAUCAACAAGGACAGAUACAAGUCGUUGGCCGACGAGAUGGACUCGACGUUCGCCGAAUUGGCAGGAUACUAGAUCACUUUUCAUUUUCUCGCUACGCUUUCUGCCUAAUGAUACAAACUUUUUCUUCAUCUUCUUCCUCGAUCGAGAGAUUCGCAAGUUCUUCGCGUUCGCGCGUCGUCGUCCGGCGGAGAGAAGCAAUGGAAAACACGCCGCGGACAUCGUACGAUGCGACACUCACGUCCGUUAUAUUCUUUGUAAUUAA